CCCACACCGCAGAGACUGAAGCUGGCACGCACAAACUGUGGGGAGCUGGGAGCUCGUCCUCUCCGCCUCCGCCGGCCCACUCACCACUCUCCCUCGUCUCCACUUCCAGGUCCCCCAGAGAACGCGCCGGCGAGCGGCGAUAGGAAUAGGACCCCAGGUCUGAUUUCUUGGGAAUCGCGGAUAGGGUCCCCGGGGGCGGCGUGGAACGGCUGGGCGUGCCCCCUCGGAUCGCCGGAGAUGCUGCCCUACGCGACGGCGGGGGAGGCGGAGGCGGCGCUGGGCCGGGCCAUGACGCCCGCCGAGGCGCUGUGGUUCCGCUACACCGCGGGGGUGUCCGACUACCACCUCUACUGCUGCAACAUCCUCUUCCUCUUCGUCGUCUUCACGGUGGCCCCGCUCCCCGUCGCGCUCCUCGAGCUCCGGGCCCCCGCCGCGGUCUCACCGUACAAGCUGCAGCCGCGGGUGCGCCUCUCCAGGGCCGAGUUCGUCCGCUGCUACAAGGACGUCCUCCGCAUCUUCUUCCUCGUCAUCGGCCCGCUCCAGCUCGUCUCCUUCCCCAUGGUCAAGUUGGUGGGAAUCCACACGAGGUUGCCUUUGCCGUCCCUGGGGGAGAUUGCUGCACAGCUGCUGGUGUACUUCCUUGUUGAGGACUACCUCAAUUACUGGAUCCACAGGCUUCUCCACGGGGAGUGGGGGUACCAGAAGAUCCACCGCGUCCACCAUGAGUUCACCGCGCCAAUCGGAUUCGCAGCUCCAUAUGCACACUGGGCUGAGGUGCUCAUACUCGGCAUCCCCUCCUUCGUCGGGCCGGCCAUUGCUCCAGGCCACAUGAUCACAUUCUGGCUCUGGAUUAUACUCCGUCAGGUGGAGGCUAUCGAGACACAUAGUGGCUUUGAUUUCCCAUUCACCCCGACAAAGUAUAUUCCAUUCUAUGGAGGAGCAGAAUACCAUGACUAUCAUCAUUAUGUAGGAGGCCAGAGCCAAAGCAAUUUUGCUUCUGUUUUCACUUACUGUGAUUACUUAUAUGGGACUGAUAGAGGUUACAGAUUCCACAAAGCAUACCUAGCAAAGCUGAAGGAUCUGGGGCAAAAUGAUGGCGAGAAAGGAGAUGGCAGUGGACUCAGCUAUGUGAAAUUGGAUUAGAUUGCAAGAUACAGUGCAUCUUGAGUGUUUCUAUGACCAUCCACUUCACUGUGGCAUUUUGAAAUGGGAGAUAUACCGAGCUGGGCUGCAUCUUGAGUGCUUUCAGCUGUUCUGCCUUCUUUUUCCUAGUGUUUGUGAAAUUCCAUGGAACUUGUACGCUGACGAAUAACAACACAACUCUCAGAGUAGCCGUUCAUCGGGUUUGCUCCAUGCUUUGAUUAAAUUGGAUCAAUUGCUGUAUAGUUUGUAGUGUGCCAUUCUAUUGUUUCAAGUUUUUAACUAGGUAUUCAACUUUUCUGAAAUUUGAAAUUUAUAAUUACACUGGUGCUCCGGGAUAUGUUCUACAACUCUCCCGUUGUUGGCCCGAUUGUGUUUA